UCAUGUAUAUGACCAAAAAGUUUUUUAGGACAAGUAUAAGGGACUAAAAAUAGAAUUUAGUCUAUAUAAAAAUAUUUUUUCUCUUUUCACUUAAUAUAUACUACAAAACACCUUCUUAAAUCUCGUGCCAUAAAUCCGAGUGUGGUAUCUAUCUUGGAAUGGAGCUUGGAAUGGAGGAAGUAGAAAGAAGGUUCCAUCCCUAUCUCAGAAUAUCUAGUUGCCGCCUCACCGUGCUUGUCCAGUUAGCCUUCCCGCUGAAACCUCUCACGUCUCAACCUCGCCGCGAUUUGCCGUGCCUUCAUCGGAUAGGAACCAUGCCAAAGUUGAAGACGACCCGAGUAAAGAUACCAGAGGGGUGGGAGAUGAUUGAACCUACUCUAAGUGAACUACAAGCAAAGAUGAGAGAAGCUGAGAAUGACCCAAAUGAUGGUAAAAGGAAAUGUGAGGCCUUGUGGCCUAUUUUCAAAAUUGCCCAUCAGAAGAGUAGAUACAUAUUUGAUCUCUAUCACAGGAGGAAGGAAAUCUCCAAGGAAUUAUACGACUUCUGCUUGGAUCAGGGAUAUGCAGAUCGUAACUCAAUUGCGAAAUGGAAAAAGGUUGAGCGGCGACGAGAGUAUGGUGGUGUUGCGCAAGUUAAUUGAAGAAUGAAUUGUUUAUCUUUGAUCUGUGAGUGUCGUUGUGUCUUCAUACAUAACUUCACUCUUCUCUUGGAUGCUUCCGGUGAAACCUGUUUUACUUAUUGUUUGAUCUUGACACUAUUAUGAGUUCCGUUUAGAAUCUAAAGACAUGUUAUGUUUUGGAGUACGCUGAACCCUUGUUAUCUUGAAUAUCAAUGAUGAUAAUUAUUUUCUCUUUGGUCUA